GUGCAGACCCGCAGCGCUGCCAUCCUUCUGACAAUGGGUGCGUGGCGGAGGUCCGCAAGAAACAUGAUAGGGAGAACACACUUCUGCAAAUUCCCUACGCGGGACACUCUGCUAUCUCAUUUGCGUUUGCGCAGUUGCAGGCCAUGCGCAAAGCAAUCGGGGUAGAUUGGUCCGUGAGAAUCAGAUAUUUCGAGAAAGCUUUGGAGUUACUGGGGACGAUCAAAGCGGUGAACGAAGAAAACGUGGCAGUGCCUCGUAGUCUCGUUGACAUGUGGGAGUCUUUGCGCGAGAUGACCUCCACCCACAACGUAGUCUUUGAAACUGCUGAUGAUGAUGUGUCAGCUCAUGAGCUUAUCCUUCUUGCAGCUUCUCCAGUUCAAAAGGCGAUGCUGGAGUCGGCCAUGAUGGAGGGAUCCAGCAAGCGCAUUGCUGUGAAGGAUUCAGCAAGCUCUGGUGUGCGGCUGUUCUUGGACAUGGUGUACUCCAGUUCCUCCCGCGAUGAGCCGGACUACAAGAGCGCGCUUGUGGCCCUGGACUUGGCGCACCGCUGGCAAGUGCUUGGCAUGGUCCCAGUACUUGCAGGCAUCCUGCGGGAGAUGAUAACAGUGGACAGUUUCAUGGCCAUUGCAGAAGCAGCCGUGCUCAAGGAGUUGGAGCCACUGCAGCAAGCUUGCGCAGCCUUUGGGGCCAAGAACGUGAAGAUUAAAGCCAUGCUGAAGAAGGGCCCCGUUCCUGCGCCAGUUCGCAAGCUGCUAGGGACCUCCGAUGCCACCGAAGCGGAAGAGGGGCAGAAGAAGAAAAAGCGGCGGACCUUCCAAGCGCCUUAA